AUGGACGCCAUGAGCCGAGCCUUACCAAGGGCUGCCCAGUCACUAUUCUCCGAUGAAAUUGAACGGGCCCCUAUGCCGAGUCGAUUUACACGACCACCAUUCAAUUCCUACGAUGGGAAGACAGAUCCUGUGGAGCAUCUUUACCCAGCUGAUCUUGGCAGUAAAUUCGUGACAUGCAGCCGAGUGCCGCAGCCGGUGGAUUUGCUAUUUUCCAUAAAGAUGAGGGUCGGUGAAACCCUUCGAAAUUAUGCCAGUCGGUACUGGGAACUAUACAACGAGAUAAGUGGAGGAAAUGAGAAGAUAGCGGCAAGCACCUUCAAGAUGGGGCUCCCCGAGGAUUCUGAACUACGGGAGUCGUUGACGAAAAGACCUCCCGAGGAUAUGAGACAACUUAUGAGGCGCAUUAAGGAGUAUAAGUUCCUGGAAGAUGAUCGGCUGCAAAAUAAGGAGAAAGCCCCGCUACUCAGAAGAUCUCGGCAGGGCAUUAUUCCGGCAAUAUCGAAAAAAGAUUUCAGGAUGUAG